AUGUCCAAUUUUGUCUCGUCGCCCAGAAGCAUCCCAUCGGACGCGGCCAGACUUUUAAACUCAUCGCACGUCUCGUCGUCGUUGGGCAGAUCGGCCAAUUCCCCUCUGAGCAGCCAGCCUAAUGUUCAGUUUAGUGAUGCUCUGCAAUCUGCCGUCAAGUCCAGAGACUUGAAGAUGCCAGCACUGUUGCACGCUCAUGUUGAAGUUCCCAAGGUUGUUGACGUCACUGGUGAGAAAGUCCGCGAAUCGUUUGAACAAUUCAUCGAAGAGUUCGUGGAUCCUGACAGUGCUGAUGAUGAAUGGGGUGGGAAAACGUACCUUGCCCAGAUCGAGUCCAUGAGAGUGUUUGAAUAUAGCACAUUGUACGUGGACUACCAGCACUUGGUCGGACGUGAAAAUGGUGUUUUGGCCACAGCCAUCUUGGAGCAAUACUACCGUUUCAAUCCCUUCUUGCUAAAAGGCUUGAAAAGACUCUUGAAGAAAUACGCUCCUUCUUUGCUCUACAUGAGUUUGUUGGGAAAUAAUGAUGCUACUACCGAGGGAGCUGACACGGAGGCUGGCUCUUCGAGCUCCUCGGGAGCGACUUCUAACGAAAGAGUGUUUCAGAUCUCUUUUUUCAACUUGCCUGUCACUCAUAGAAUCAGAGAUAUCAGAACGGAGAAAAUAGGUUCCUUGAUGGCCAUCUCCGGUACUGUGACGCGUACUUCCGAAGUUAGGCCCGAAUUGUACAAAGGGUCCUUUACCUGUGAUAUGUGCUCUACUCCAUUUGAUGGAAUUGAGCAAGUGUUCAAGUAUACGGAGCCUACAUCGUGUUCGUGUGGAAACAAGUCGUAUUGGACAUUGAACGUUUCCAAAUCUCAAUUCAUUGAUUGGCAGAAAGUUCGUAUCCAGGAGAAUUCGAAUGAAAUUCCGACAGGUUCGAUGCCGAGAACAUUAGAUGUGAUCUUACGUGGUGAGGCUGUGGAGAGAGCAAAACCCGGUGAUAAGUGUAAAUUUACUGGCACAGAAAUCGUCAUCCCCGAUGUUUCUCAAUUGGGCUUACCAGGGAUCAAACCGCAGUCUAUUCGAGAGAGCUCAUCCGGAAGCUCUGAAUUGAGUUCUGGUAUCACUGGCUUGAAAGCUCUAGGUGUUAGAGAUCUCACCUACAAGCUUGCCUUCUACGCUUGCCAUGUAAGCUCCUUGGUCAACAAAGCCUCUGACAACGCUGCUGAAGGCAAGGAGAUUGAAUACCAGGGUCCUAACGAUCAAGAGGUCUUCCUUAAUUCGUUGACUGACUCAGAGGUUUCUCAGCUCAAAGACAUGGUCAAAGAUGAGCACGUCUACGAUAAACUUGUUCGUUCUGUUGCUCCAGCCGUCUUCGGCCACGAAACCAUUAAGAAGGGUAUCUUGUUACAAAUGCUUGGUGGUGUUCACAAAAAGACUGUCGAUGGCAUCAACUUGAGAGGUGAUAUCAACAUCUGUAUUGUUGGUGAUCCGUCUACCUCCAAGUCUCAAUUCUUGAAGUACGUCUGUGGCUUUGCUCCUAGGGCAGUGUAUACUUCUGGUAAGGCUUCUUCUGCUGCUGGUUUGACCGCUGCUGUUGUGAAAGAUGAGGAAAGUGGUGAAUACACCAUCGAGGCUGGUGCUUUGAUGUUGGCUGACAAUGGUAUUUGUGCCAUUGAUGAAUUUGACAAGAUGGAUUUGGUCGACCAGGUUGCCAUUCACGAGGCCAUGGAACAACAGACUAUUUCCAUUGCUAAAGCUGGUAUUCAUGCUACCUUGAAUGCUCGUACCUCCAUCUUAGCCGCUGCAAACCCUAUUGGAGGUAGAUACAACAGGAAGUUUGGCUUGCGUGCUAAUUUGAACAUGACAGCUCCGAUCAUGUCUAGAUUCGAUAUGUUCUUUGUUGUCUUAGACGACUGCAACGAAAGAGUUGACACCCAACUAGCUUCACACAUCGUCGAUUUGCACAUGUUGAAGGAUGAAGCAAUUGACCCACCUUACUCUGCGGAGCAGUUAUCAAGGUACAUCAAGUAUGCUAAGACAUUCAAGCCUCGCAUGACGCAAGAGGCAAGAGAUUUCUUGGUUGCAAAGUACAAGGAAUUGAGAAGUGAUGAUGCUCAGGGUCUUGGGAGAUCUUCGUAUAGAAUUACCGUCAGACAAUUGGAAUCCAUGGUGAGAUUGUCUGAAGCCAUUGCCCGUGCCAACUGUACGGAGGAGAUCACGCCAACAUUCGUUUCGGAAGCGUAUGACUUAUUGCGCCUGUCAAUCAUCAGAGUGGAGAUGGACGACAUCCAAAUCGAUGAUGAGGACGGCCAUGGAGAGACUAUGGAAGUUGAGGAAGAAGAUGCCAACCCUGAAGUUGAGGAAGUCCGUGAAGGUCUCGAAUCAUCUUUCCCAAGUCAUCAGGAGCAGAGGAGACAACAGAAAACGAGAAUUCCAUACGACAAAUAUGUUGCUAUGAUGAACCUAAUAGUCAAGAAAGUAUCUGACGAAGACGCAUCUGGAGGAGAUGGUUUGACGCAAGAGGAAAUCGUUGACUGGUACUUGCAUCAGAAAGAGGAUGAAAUCAACACUGAACAAGAGUUCCAUGCAGAAAGAGCUUUGACAUACAAGGUGUUGAAGAGAUUGGUCAAGGACCGUAUUUUGAUGAGUGUAACGCAAAAUUUGAACGAGGAUGCCCUUCCCGAAGACGAAUACGAGAGAGAACAGCAAGGGAGUCGAACAGUGUUCAUCAUACAUCCAAACUGCGCAAUCUUGGACUUUUUUGAUAAUCAAGCCAGGCCAGAUGAGCAGGAAACAGGAGAAGAAUAA